AAUAUAUUAUUUCCUGGUAAUAUACGUGUGGAAUACAUUUAUACAUUAUUGAACUUAUAAGUUCAGAUUAUAUGUUUAAAUAAUGUGGUGCAAUAAUGAUAUUUUGGAAGAAGGGGUAGCUAUUUCUUUAUAAGGAAUGGAUAAUACGUGGACCAAUUAUCCUAAAGAGUACCAGAAUUUAAUUGCUAUCAUGGAAGAAGAAAAUAAACAACAUAGGAAAGAUUCACAGUCAGAUUCAUCAGAUGCAGCUUCAACUAUAAAACAUUGGGAUAGUCAGUGGACACCUUCAGAAGGAUAUGAUUCUUCUGGAACGUCUAAUUCUGGUUGUGGUGAGGAUUAUGCCGAAGAUUAUCAACACAGAAUACCAGUUGAUCUACCUAGAUUUGUUGAAGAUUGUCACAGUGCUUGUAGGUCUCAGACUUGUCUUUGUCAGGGUUGUCUAUUCGAAUACAGUAAGAUGAUAAAUCUUCAAGGCAGUAUGUCCAAUAUUUGUGGAAUACCAACAUCAAAAACCAAUCCAACUCAUUUAUCGACUCUUCCACCUUUGUAUAGUACACCAUGUUCAAGUAUCCAGAGUGAGCUGCCACAUCAUUGUAGCAAGGACCAUCUUCCUUUAAGUUGCAACUGUCACAAGAUGUAUUCUUGUCAUAUGCAACAAAUUCCAUUGCAUUUAAAGGAAUGUCAUUUACAUUCCAGUGACAAAACAAAUAGCACUACUUCUCUUUCUGGAAAUUCAGUAGGUCGUUGUGUUGGUUCAUUGGAUAGAAGAAGACGAAGAUUCAAAAGUAAAACUGAUCAUAAUCAGAGGACAAAAUCACAUAGUGAUUUAAUAUGCUGUGCUAAAGAUAGACCACAUUACUGUUCUUUACAGCAAUUUCAAUGUGGCAAUAAUUCACAUUUAUAUAGCUAUUAUAAUAAAACUGAGGAACGUCUCCAAAAAUUAGAAAGCGAACGUGGUGCACUUCAUAUGGAAGUAUCAGUUUUGUCAGAGCAAGUUGAUGCACAGUCUAGUAAAAUUCAAGAAUUGGAAAAUAUGCUUAAAGAAAAAAAGCAUUCCCUCAGACAAAUGGAAGAAGCUUUACAAAAGGAAGUAUUAUCAAGAAGUGCAUUAGAGACACAAAAACUAGAGCUUCUUAGUUCUCUUUCUGAACUAAAACUCAGACAAGCUAGUUUAGAACAUGAAAAUUUAGCAUUAAGAAAUACAAAUUCAUUAUCCAAUGGGGAGAGAUUCAGUAGGCAUGCUGGUCAAUAUAGCAGUCUUCCAAGGCCACCAACAUCUUCAAAGAAAGGAGUCGCGUUUGGUAAGGUUUCGAAUUUAAUCUCUGGAGAGCACACAACAGUACCAUUGGCUAUUAGAGGAAUCUCUGCGAGAUGUCUAUCAGCUCCUAUUCUAGCGGAAGAAGAAAAAAUAGUAAUUGGAGAAUCAAGUUUUCAACCAGAAUCAACACCACCAAAGCCACUUGCAGAAUUGUCUAUAGAAGAAGUUGGUGAUUGGCUAUCUCGCAUUGGCCUGGAAUGUUACGCUGCAGAAUUAAGACGAUGGGGAGCUACUGGUGUAAAGUUAGUUGAGGCAACGCCAAAUCAAAUUGAAAAGGAACUUGAUAUAAAAAAUAUAUUGCAUAGAAAAAAAUUACUAUAUGCAAUUGAGUCUGAGAGAUCUAAUGCAGAAGGCUUUCUUGGUUCAGAAAAGAUGGAUAGUGCUGCAGUACUACGAUGGUUAGACGACAUUGGAUUACCUCAACAUAAAGAAGCUUUUCAUAAUGCCAAAGUUGAUGGUAGAGUAUUACAUAGAUUAACAACAGAAGACUUAUUGAAUCUCGGUGUGACAGCUCAGCUGCAUGCAGCUAGUUUACGACGAGGAAUUCAGAUUUUGAGGGAGUUGAAUUUUGAAUUUGAUAAUAUGGAGAGAAGAUCAGUAAAUGGGAAUGGCGCAGAUGGAACUAAUGUCACACUAUGGACUAAUCAUAGAGUGAUGGAAUGGUUGAGAGUGGUUGACCUUGCAGAAUAUGCACCCAAUAUGAGAGGCUCAGGAGUGCAUGGAGGAUUAAUGAUCCAUGAAGGUCGCUUCACCUCAGAAUUGUUAGCCACUAUAUUAAGCAUUCCACCUUCAAAAACUCUAUUAAGAAGGCAUUUGACAACUCACUUUAAUCAAAUUCUUGGUAGAGAAGUUGUACAGCAUAAAAGAGAGAUGGAAAGUACGCUUGGAUUUGUACCUUUAACUCUUACGGCUAGAUUGAAGGCACCAAAGAAGUCUCAGUUCACGUUAAAGCGUAAAAAAAGUAAAAACGAAGUGGAUUAUGGAAAUCUGGUUUGUCCUUUGGAAACAUCACCACCAGGUACACCAUCAACAUCUUCGUCAACACCAGGCAGUCCUAAUUUGAACUCACCCUCACUCUAACCAUAAUCACAGAUUCAUUCAAGCAGUCAUCUUAACUAACUCAUCUAGAGGAUACUGGACAAAAGAAAGUAAUUGGUUGUAUAUGAGGAACAUAUAUAAAACUUAUUUUGUACAAUGAGUAUAUUGGACGAUUCAUUCUAUACCAAAAAAUAUUUACUUUUAUUAGAUUUGAUUAACAGGCAAGCUAUUAACAGAGAGAAUGGAGGUGUAAAAAUUACAAAUCACAGAUAAACAGGGACCAUUUUUUUACGACACGAACGUAUUAACAAUUUGUGUAAUCAAAAUAAUAACAGGACAGUAUAGGUGCCUUGCUAUAUAUAACGUCUUUAGAUUAUGUCAUAUAUCUUCAAACAGAUUUCUAAUAACCUUAUCAAGAUAAUAGUAAUUGUUCAAUACUAAAUAAUUGACGCGUUGCAAAAUUUAUAUUUUCAUAUUACAAAUAACACAUGUAUUUUGUAUGUAGUUUGACUAUUAAUGUGUUAUUAAAAAUUAUUAUAGUGAUAUAAUAUAAUUAAUUUAAUUGCUAUCUGAAAAUUGUAUACAGUUUUAUGAAAUUUUUGGACUCUUUAAUAUAUUACAAAAAAGUAAUCUAGUAAAACAACGAAAAUUUUUAAGUUUACAUAUAAUAUGUGAUAAAAGUAAAUACACAAAUAAUAUAAAAAUUUUUCGAGUGAUUAUUUACUUUAGUUUUUAUAUUUUCCACAGGAGAUUAUAUUACACUUGGAUAUCAUGAAAGAAGGUAAAAUAUUAAGGCUGAAUUAUUACCCUUGGUUUUAUAAUUGUUUACGCUAGCAAUGAAUCCAGACGUAAUUUUUGAUCGAUUUUGAUGAAUAAGAUCUCAAAAAUAAAAUUUUAAAUGAGAUAGCUUUUUCGAAUUUUUUAAAAAGUUUUGGAUUCUUUGGAAAAAACGUUGAAAAAUGAUUUUCAUAGAUAAGCUUGAAUUGUAUCUUUUGUUCCCUGAACUAAUCGAUGGCUUACUUAUUUGUGUAAAUAUUUCAAAUUGAAAGAAACACGUUUCGCAAUACUCACACGAAGAAGUUUUAGUGAUAGGUUCGGUGGUUUUGUCAAUUAUUUUACCAAAAAUUAUAAUUAAUGAAUAGUUAUAUAUUAUAUAUUACUUUAAUAAAAAUCAAAAUGUUAAUAAAAAUCUUAUAUUAUCUAUGAGGUA